AUGGCGAAAGACAGCAACAAGAAGAUCGAAGAGAUCGAUGGUGUGCCUAUAGAGCGACAAGGCGCGCGACCAGACUUCUCGAUUCCACCGCCGAGGAAACAGUUACCGAAGGAGCUUCAGGAUACACUCAAUGAUGAGGAGAAGUUGUGGGAGGUGCUAUAUGAUGGCGAAGGCGAAGACACAACAGACACCUCCCUCCGCUACGCCGCCUACGCCUCGCGCAUCCGCACCAUCAUGCUCUCCGCCCACCGCUACGUAGCCUACACCUCCGACAUAGGCGAAUCCUUCCGCCCCAUCGCACACCCUUACCUCGUAAAAGGCGCCUACGGUAUCUCCUGGCUCUACCUCAUGGGUGACGUCUCGCACGAAGGCUACAAAGCGUACGUUCGCAACCAGCGCAUACUCCACCCUGAGAAGUACAUAGACGACGCCGCAGAGAAGAGCCUGGAGAACGCGACGAGUAAGGAUAGGGAUAUGGCGGCGACGGGUGGCAAGAGUAAUGCGGCGGGUAUCUUUGAUAAGGUGCAGGAGGCUGCGAAGCAGGCGACGAGUACCGAGGGGGUCAAGUAUGGGGAUGCGGGAAGUGCGUUGACGGGUGGGCAGGUUGUUGGCGGAAGGAUACCGGCGAUUGAGGAUUACAGGGCUGUCAUGGCACAGAGAGCUGUGUUCCAGGCUGUUGCGAGUAUGGGUCUGCCGGCUUUUACUAUUCAUAGUAUAGUCAGGUACUCGGGGCGUGCGCUGAAGGAUGCGAAGAAUAAGACGUUGAGGACGUGGGGGCCUAUUGGGCUUGGUCUCGCCGGUGUACCUUUCCUACCCUACAUUUUCGACGAACCGGUUGAGCAUGCGACGGAGUGGCUGUUUUAUAAUGCAUUCAAGACCUUUGGCGGAGAGAAGGCGGUUGAAGGAAGGCCCGCGACAGGCGUCAAGGAGUUGAGAAAGGAGGAGACCGAGGCGAAUAAGUUGAAGAAGGAGUUGUAG